AUGCAAAUUAGGGUUUUGGCAAACUGCUAUUAAAACAGCAAAACCUUCACCUUUGCUCUCUUCAGACCAUCUUUAGUACAGAGAGAGAAAAUAGGCAGGCAGCAAUGGCAAGGAUCAAGGUACACGAGUUAAGGAACAAAUCAAAGACAGAGCUGUUGAGUCAGCUCAAGGACUUAAAAGCUGAACUUUCUCUCCUUCGUGUAGCCAAGGUCACUGGUGGUGCCCCCAACAAGCUCUCCAAGAUUAAGGUGGUGAGGCUAUCCAUUGCUCAAGUUUUGACAGUGAUAUCCCAGAAGCAGAAGGCUGCAUUGAGGGAAGCCUAUAGGAAGAAGAAGUUUUUGCCUCUUGAUCUCCGUCCCAAGAAGACCAGAGCUAUUCGCCGCCGCCUUACCAAGCAUCAGCAAUCUUUAAAAACAGAGCGGGAGAAGAAGAGGGAGAUGUACUUUCCCAUGAGGAAGUAUGCCAUUAAAGUGUAAUCUUGAGAUUUAACUUAGGAGGGGAUACUUUUGUGUUAGAUUCGAAGUGCCUGCUCCAGGAUACUGUUUAAAUUUUGUGUUGUUGAAUUUUCAUUUUCUUCAUAACAUUCCAUUUUACCUUCCAACUUUCUCACUAUUAAGAAUUAUUGUAAUUUAAGGAAUUUUGAUCUGGUUUUUCUUUUAGAGUCUAGGGUUUUAUCAUGCUUGGUUGAGGCAAAUUGAAGGGUUAAUGAGUAAUGUUAAACAUACACAGGGAAAACCUAAGAUCUUAAUCCUAACUCUUACUGUCUGGCUGUGUUCUAGUCAACUUCAAGUAGAAAAUAUUAUCCAAGUUUUCCAGUCUUGAAAGAUUCCUGUAGGUGAAGAGGAUUAUAUGUGGUAAAAUGUGUUC